AUGACAUCCGAGGCGAAGUUGGUGUUGUGCGGGAACUCGACGGCGGAGGCGAAGAAAGCGGGGUGCAAAUACGACACGUUGCUGAACCACUGGGUACCAGAGCAGUGUUACGACAAGGAGUUUGAGACGGAGUACAUGGACGACGACACCUGGCACGCGUAUUCGGACGUCAACUUGACGAAGCGCCUGACGAGAGAGGAAAUGGGAGAUCAGGAGUCGUACUACACGUCCAUCGCGGAUCACGUCAACCAUUGCUCGAUGCUUUGGAAGAAGCAAUUCUGGACCAUGUUCGAAGAGCGGAGGGUCUUUGACGGUGUUAUCGUCAACUCGUACCACACGGAGCAUUGCGCCGACUUCUUGAAGGAUAUUUGGGGGUCGAACCGAACAGAGCCUACGUUUGUCAGGGUUGCGUUUUCGGGAUGCUGGGUCAGAAAGUGA